GAUGUGCGUCGAUGUGCGAGAUCGCAGACGAAUAUUAAGCCGGUAGUAUGUUCAAAGAAUUCAAAGAAUAAGCGAAGCCAGAUUGGAAAUAACGUACGUGAAACUUCAAUUUUCGUAAUUUUGCACAGUUUACAGCGUUUACAGUGGGUUGGGAGGCUGUACUAUGAAAUCGGUUUGGUAUAAGCCUUCACAGAAGAAGGUUCCUGCUAAAGUACGAUCAACUGCAAGAGAUCCAGUGAAAGUAUUCUGCCGGAUAAGACCACUUUGGAAUGAUGAAUCCUGUGUGAAAGUGACAUCACAAACAACCGUUUCACUACAGCCACCAACAGCAGGAAGCAGUCACUGUCUGGCAAAUUAUAAAGAAAUUCUCUACACAUUCAAACAUGUGUUUGAUGACAAAGCCACUCAGAAGGAAGUGUUUGAUCAUGUGGCCCUACCAUUGAUAGAGAAUCUUAUUCAUGGCAAGAAUGGCCUACUUUUUACUUAUGGAGUUACUGGAAGUGGCAAAACUUUCACAAUGACUGGAGAGCCACAAGAUGGAGGAAUAAUGCCUCGAUGUUUAGAUGUCAUCUUCAACAGUAUAUCCAGCUACCAAGCCACAAAAUUUGUUUUCAAACCCAAUAGAAUGAAUGGCUUUGAUAUUCAGAGUGAGGCUGAUGCUAUGUUUGAUUGCCAGAAUGAGUUAUACGCUGCUAGACCAUUGAAAAUACAAAGGAAGAAAGAAUCUGAUGUAGACUUGAACCAACGGAUACCAGAUGGCACAAAGAUUGAAAAUGUUAUAGAGGAUAACACUUAUGCUGUCUUUGUAACUUAUGUUGAAAUUUAUAAUAAUGCUGUGUACGACCUUCUAGAAGAGAUACCUGAGGAAACUAUAAGUUCAAAGCAACUGCAGGUGAAGAUUGUGAGAGAGGAUGCAUGUCACAACAUGUAUGUACAUUCUGUAACAGAAGUGGAAGUAAAAUCAACUGAGGAAGCUUUUCAAGCUUUCUAUAAAGGACAAAAAAGAAAAAGAAUGGCUGUUACGACAUUAAAUUCUGAAUCCAGUCGAAGCCACUCCGCCUUCACGAUCAGAUUGGUGCAGGCACCACUUGACAGUCAAGGAGAACAUGUUUUGCAAGACACAAAAGCUGCCUCUGUCAGUCAGCUGUCUUUAGUGGACUUGGCUGGUAGUGAAAGAACAAAUCGAACAAAGAACAGUGGACAGAGGCUUCGGGAAGCAGGGAAUAUCAACAAUUCCUUAAUGACGCUUAGAACAUGUUUGGAAAUUUUGAGAGAAAACCAAUUGUACGGAGCCAACAAAAUGGUGCCUUACAGAGAUUCAAAAAUGACUCUCUUGUUCAAAAAUUUCUUUGAUGGAGAAGGUCAAGUGGAGAUGAUUGUGUGUUUGAAUCCCAGUGUUGAAGAUUAUGAUGAAACAGUUCAUGUAAUGAAAUUUGCAGAAAUGACACAAGAAGUUCAAGUGUCACAACCUCCAGCCAUAAAGUUGGAUUUUGGAUUGGCUCCAGGCAGGAGAAAAGCUAAUCAUAUCUUCAAACAGGCUUUGCAGAUGAUGGAGGAAAAUGGCUAUGGGGGAUCUCAAAUUCCUGAGGUGGACAUUGGCCUUGUGUAUAGUUUGGGACCUCCAUUUCCUUGCCUUGACAUGACUGAUCCAAGCACAGACAUGCUAAUUAAGGACUUGGCAACAUUCCUUGAGUUACGAAUGAAGAGGAGAAGUCUCUUACUUAAAGACUGGCAACAAAAAUGUCAGCAUUUUCAUAAUAAGUUAAGAGAAGUAGAGAAAGAAAAAUUGUUGGCUGAACAUGAGCACAGCAGUUUGCAAAAUCUUAUCGAUCAAGAAAGGAACAAGGUGAGUGCUCUAGAGAAUAGACUGGUGAGUUAUGAAUCAGAACUGAUGAAUCUGCAGCAUCAGGUUAAAGAGAAGGAAACGUAUCUUGUUUCACUGAAGCAAGAUCUUCAAAAUCAAGAAAUGCUGUUAAAUAAAGAAUUGCUUGAAAAAGAAAGGCUGAGGAAAGUGUAUGGAGACAGAAUUGCAGCUGGGAAAGAAAGUGUGAAAGAAGAAGAAGAAGAAGUUGAAUUUAAGACACAAAUGAAGGAGCAAGAAAAGAAGCUAAGGAAAGUAAAACAAAACUUGACAAAGGAUACCUGUUCAUCUAGGCAUGCUCCUGUACAGCACACAAGAUUUCUGGCUACGCCCAGCCAGCCCCCAGUUGCUCCAGAAAGAAAUAAUUUAGUUUCACAUGUGAGGGGACCAUUAGUAAGAAAUCCAAGGCAUAGACGGUCUCAGACAGUAGGGGAUGAGAUAUGGUUGGACCACAGACCGGCAACUGCAGUUGAGCUUGGUACUGUGAUGCAGCCACGUAUGAAGCGACGCAAAUCUGUUACAAAGCUCACAGACAUUAAACAUGUUGCCAAUCCUAAGACAACAAAGUACUGCCUCAUGAGCCAACACCAGGAUUCAAGUGGAGAACUGGAAACACAUCUCUACAAGGCUGACAUUUUUCAUACAGCUGAAGGUGGUGCACAGGUCACCUUUAAUGAUGUUGAUAGUCUGAAGCAACAGUCACCAAUUGCAACUCCAUCAAGAAAACGAAGUGCUUCCACUGGUGAACUGGAAGAUACAGAAACUGCAUGUGCAGUGUCUAUGGAAGAAUACAAGAGAGCUCGGCAUUGAUGUGUUUAGAUCCUUGUAAUACCACCACACUUUCACGAGAAGUUUAAUUACAGGUUUAAAUAAUGAUCAGAUUAUUGAUAAUCAUGAUUAGUAAGAAAUACAUCUUUUUUGCAUAUUUGCCAUAAUGAACAUCAUUUCUUUAAGUCUUCUUGGUUUAUUAAACAGUAGUGUUACUUAUAUGUCCCCUUUUAUAAGCAUAUUUCAAUUUUUUGUGUCUUAUACUAUUCUGUUUCAUUGUGUAUCCAUUCCAAAUAUUUCAACAUGGAGCAAAUCUCUGAACACAUUUUAGAAGAAUUAAAAAUUCAGUCAGUAAACUUUUAAACGAUUGCAAAACUAACUGGAAAAAACAUGCAAGGAGAAUUAAAAGCAGAAAAAGAACAUAUUAUGAAUACUCAUUUUAAUGUAAUUUUGAUUCUUUAUUUAUUUUCAUAUAUUCAGUGGUUCUCAGGUGAACAUACUGCCAUAUAGUUUUAUUGUGUGUUUUAGUAAGAUUAAAAGUUAAGACAUGGUUCUAAAUAUUACAGUGAUUUACUGCAAUGUUAAGUAAUAUUUUUACGUGAAAAUGUCAAUCCUUGAUGUAUAAAAUCAGUGAACAUAUUUGUAUGUAUGACCAUUGUUCAACCCAUACUUUGCCUACAUUUGAAAACUGUAUAUUGUGUAUAACAAUCCAAAUAUAUGCCAGAUGAUUUAAAAAAAUAGUACACUUCUUAAAUAAUGAAAAACAGGCAUAUAUAACACAUUCCAGUGGCUUCACAUGAUGAAUUUUUUUUGGCAGUAGAUUUAACAUCGUGACAUGACUGAAUAGCCUAACAAAAGGCAUCAUCCGUUGCUAGGUACAAGUUUUACGUAUCGUCUAUUUUUCCCAUGUUCAGGCUCAACUCAAUUACGGAAUUAUUUUCUGGGGCUCAUCUUCAUCAAUGAAAAGCAUAUUUGUGGCCCAAAAAA